AUGAUGGAUGUAUGUGUUUGCUUCACUGAUUGCUAAUUCCCUGUAGUGCAUGUGUUUUAUUGUCCGUAUAUCAUCUGAUGCAUGCUUCUUCUCUUGAAUAGUCGGGGAAUUCCGUCAUUAAAAAAAAAGGUUCAAUCAUGUUAAAGUUCAUGCCUGCUGUUGGUACACGGAAGUAUGACCCUGAAAAAAGACAGGUGAGUCUCAAAUACAGAGUUCCGCUUUGACUUCGACGCUUGCCAUGUAGAAAUGGCUUAUUAAACAUAGAUAUUUUUUGUUUUACUAGGUGAUAUCACAACUGUAAUGAUGUUUUCACCUUUUAUUAUUUGACGUUUUUUGUUUUAUGUUUCAUUUGCUGACUUCCGACUCACCUGUCAUUUUUUUAGCUCUUUGCUUUAUCACCUACAGAAGUCGGAUGCUUGAUUAGCUUAGGUCCUGAAGAAUCUUGUGAAUUUUUCCACGAUCCUUCCAUGAAAUCAAGGUUUGUUAACUUCUUUCACACGAUACGCCAAAGGUGUUUAUGACAUUUAGUAGCAUUUGUCAGCCUUCUUGUAGCACCUGUUUUGUUGUUACAUUAAAAUGAUUGGAAAAUCAUUGUGCUGACAAAUGUCUGAAAUAAGUACAGUCAAGAAGGCGAAGUAAAAAAGUCACUCACUGUAAGCCCCACAUCCAAUGAUGGUGGUUAUUUCUUCACUUUGAGUAAGCAUCCCUAUAUCUGAAAGUCGUCUAUUACAUUUUAAAUUCUUUUUCUUUACUUUGAAAGUAUUUUCAAAGCAUCGCCAUCAGUGCUUACGCGCCCACAUUUCGGUGUGAUCAUUUCCUUUUUAUGCAGAGAGAGUUUAGUCUACACGCUGUCCAUUGUAUUUUAAUCACCUCUGUAAUGCGUGACUGCAUUCUGAGAAAUUUACUUUUGGCAAUCAAAUACCUCACAAAAAGGGUAUGCUGUGGGUCGAUAACCAAUUCCUGGGAGGAUCCACAGGUGCAAAUGUUCUGGAGAUUGGUUCCAUUGCCAUAGAUUGUGUGGAGAGGUAUUCACAAAUGUACUGCAGAGAAGUGGGGGAAAGAAACAGACGGAUAAAAAGUGCAACGAUCGAUGAAGUGGUGCUGCAAUGGACUUUUUAAAAGGCGGCAUGUCCCACAUUGUAUAGUGUGGCUAAUUAUGGAUGGUUUGCGAAUUAGUAUGCCGAAUAGCUGGAGAGGACUAACGACUCUCGGUGCACCGACCUUCUUCGUGGGCCAGACCUUUGAAGAUGAACAACAUUAGUGGAUGUGAUCUGAACAGACCCCAAAAGGAGAGAGGUUGUGGGACGCACAUGCGUGGAUUAAAAUGGCGGGUUUUAUUCUUUAUACAAGUGAGAGGUUGGGACUAGAACGAGACAAAUGCAGAGUGGUUUAUUAAAGGUGCGUUAAGACCGAGGGGGGCCUCUACGUGUUGGAACCAAUGCUCGAUAUUCUAGAGUGCUUUUGAAUCGUGUGUUCUACAUGCAUGUUCACCGCUACACUUGCCCGUUCAUUUUAUUACACCAUAUCAAGUGCAAAGCGUACGGGAGAAUAACGCUUCGUCAUGACUUGUUUCUCUGCAAGUUUUCUCAGCUGCGUUCCCGUUAAAAUCUUGGUGCAGAUGUUUCUCGUACCGCUCAGAAGUCUGUAGAACGCUUUACCCUGCCGAUCACGAAGGCUGAGUUCUCUGUGCUGCGGACAUCGUUUAGCGUAAGUGUUAUUUUACUUGGGGGAAGAAGAUUAGAUGUUAUUUUAAUUGAUCGCUAGAACUAGCUUGUUGUAUAUUCGUACGGGGGUUGUUAUCCGUUUUUCCACAGAGAGGUCCCUUCGAAGGACAACGCAGUGCCGUCUGUUCACGAAUCCAUCAUUCUGAGGGGAUCUGGUUUCCGGUAUCUAGUCAGUCGACCUCUCAUUUCCAUUGCGUAUUAGUCAACCGUUGCCUAGUUGCCAAAGGCUGCAUUAUCAGUCAACUGCAGCGGGAGAUUAACGAAUUGGUCGGAAAGUGAAGACGGAAGGGGCACACCGUGGAUAAAUAACCAUCGGCCUGACUCGUGUUCUUUUGCAGUUCAUCUUGCCUUAUAUUAUGGGCUGGGACCGCCUCGUAACGGGAGCGUCACAGCCUGCCCAGAUCGGGGGCGAGGGUCGGAAGGCGGCGACGCGGCAGCUCAGCCCGGACUUGGAGUGGGACCAGUGA